CUCCGUGUUUCCAAUAAUAGCAAACUGCGGUGCUCUGUAGCCAGGAAUUAUCAACAAGCUGGCGAUCUGUAUACGGGUAUGUGAGAGAAGAAAUAUUAUGGUGAAGACAUAAGGACUUAAAACAUGGCGGAAUCAGAGACAGGGGGGACUAGCGAAUCUGGUUCUGUGGGCUCUCAGAAGAGGGAGUUCACCUGGGCAGACGACACCGCGACGCUUGGUGUUUAUAAGGACGACGAACGUCUGCCCCGAAUCGUGAAAUUUGAGGAGAACAAGGAAGGCAAACUGUCUCCUGGUUUAAAAAUGUAUUGUAAACAGACAGUUUUGUUUCAUACUAAAAGCACAAAGAGGAUUGCCAGUGCACGAACUAUUCAUAAGGACAAGGACACGGGGAUGUACUUUGAGGUUGGGCAGACAUUACUUUUACCCGAGGACUAUGAAGGAUGGUUUGAGAUGGUCCCCUCUGAUUUCGGACGGGCCACUUGCUUCCGGUCAAUAGCGGAAGUUUCCGAGGCCAUGCCCCGGAAGUUUUUCUCAAGGUCAAACAUCAAGGCUAUCCGGAUCCAGAAGCAAGAAGAUGGAAACCAGAAGAUCUUUGAAAGAAAGGUUCCUGCUGGGUCCGUUCUUAAAGUUGAAAGCAUUUUUACAGCAACUUGGAAAACGAGUGCUGUGACUGGGGUGUUCAAGAAAAGCAAAACUGAGUGGACCACAACAGAAGUGAAAUACUUGAAAUGUAUAGACACUGACCAGAAGGAAAUACUUGUCCCCCUCACCAAAACUGGAAAGUUUAAUGCACUGUACGAGAAGGGUAAUCUAAACAAAAACUCUGUAUAUAGGAUGAAAGACAUCCUUUCGGAUCUGACUCUUCCAAUUAAAGCUAGACUGUUGUUCGGCAAGGCGCCAGUGGUUCCUUGCAUAUUCACCGGUAUGAUGAUCAUUAAGGGUGCCGAAACUGUCGAAACCGUUAUCGCUAGCACUGUUUUGAAUAAAAGGAACGUUUUGUUUGAAGUGCCAGUUACAGCAGCUUGUACUGUGACAGAAUCUGCUGAUGAGGAAGAGUACACGGAUCUGGAUUCCUACAAGGAUGCUAAGAGACUGUGCAGGAAGUAUGCAGCGUUGUACAGCAUGAUGAUAAAGUUGAGUCCAGAUCUGGACACGAACCAGCAGGUGAUCCAGCACAUCCCCACCUCCUCCACUGGAAACACCCUGUCCCUAGACCUCAUUGGGGACAUCAGCUUGACCGAUGACCCGGUCAGCAUGAUGAUGGAGUCGGACACUGACUCUGUCCAGAGCGAGGACCAGAGUCCUGUCUUUAGAGGAACAUUGUUAGAACUUAAGGAGUUUAAGAAUAGGGAAUCCACCACAACAGUGUGAGGGUCGGAGCAGGAGUCCAGAGCGGGCACAGUCCAAUGAGUCACGGGGGUAAGGGUGGGGUAGUUCGGAGCUCAGUGAGAGUGGGGCUGGGGUAGGUGGUUUUUUUGGGGUGUGUUUAUGGCAGGGGUGGAUGGGGGAAGAUGAAUGAGAGACGGAUUUUGGAGACACUCGGACAGUAUGGUGCCAGCCAUGAUAGUCGGUCUUAUUAAUUGUGUGAGUGAGCAAGAAGUGUUUUGCACCCCUAAAGCAAUAUACCAGCCAUAUCGGAGGACACCCCACACAUUGUGGGGAAUCGAACCCAGGACUUUGCAAUUGGCUUCACGUGUGAACUCGUUAACCACUUGGCUACCCAAUCACCCAUCAUUAAGUCGGAUGAGGAAGAAACCGCAUCAGGGAAGGGUAUGAUAAUUGGCUGUUUAGCAGAAAUCAAGGAAUAGGAUGUGAUUUUUACGAGAAGUCAAGCCAUACUGUAAUUCUACAUCAAAUGAUAUAUAGUCCUAUAUUGUUGAAUACUGCAUUAUUGUUACGAUAACCACAAUGAUAUUAAUGUGUAUGUGUGCUUGGGACAUCCUCAUCCUGGGAGGGGACAAUAUUCCCUCUCUCCGAGUAAUCUGUAAUCGUCUUUGAAUGUUCGCUAUCGUGACGUUUCUUGCUGAUUAGUAUGGCUUAACGUCGACGGAAGAGUUUGCAUUGGGUUGGCAGAUAACAUUUGAUUUACAGAAGCGUUAAAGUAAUGUAAUGUCUUCUGUGCCACUAAUCCAGUGUGCUAUGAUAAUCUCCCUUUGUCAAUUUGUUUCGGACCAGAUUGUUCGAAGACAUGUUUCUUUUCUUGUGGGUAUUUCCUCAGCCCAGAUUAUAUUUUCGUCAAACUCCACAGGUGAAAAAAACCAUGAUCGUUUUCGGCUGUUUCUUAAUCGGAAAUGAAAAUUGAAAAAAUAUUAAUGUGAAAAUUUUGUCUUCCCUGAAAAUACAUGUAUGAUUGAUUAUACAACGGUUGCUAAUAGUAUUUGAAUUGACAAAAAUAUAUUUUGAAUGAAAAGUUCCCUUACCUGCCAAAGUGUUAUACAUGCUGCGGACAAUUUGAUCUGGUAAGGUAAUAUUAGAAGGCUUUCUGUGUAUUUUGUACUCUAAAAUAUUUUUUAGAUAUAUAUAUAGCCAAGAUGUAUAAGUUCCUUCGUAGCUUCUGGGUGAGUGAGUUUCAACUUUAUGAUAGUCGGGCACAGGGAAACCCACAGGGACGGGUAUUGAAUGAAACCAUAGGCACGAGUAUAGGCGAAAUCCUCAGGCACGAGUAUAGGGGAAACCCUCAGGCACGAGUAUAGGGGAAACCCACAGGGACGGGUAUAGGGAACCCACAGGCCCCAAGUAUAGGCGAAACCCAGAGGCACGAGUAUAGGGGAAACCCACAGGGACGGGUAUAGGGAAACCCACAGGCACGAGUACAGGGGAAACCCUCAGGCACGAGUAUAGGGGAAACCCACAAGGACAAGUAUAGGGAAACCCACAGGCACGAGUAUAGGGUAAAACCCUCAGGCACGAGUAUAGGGGAAACCCACAGGCACGAGUAUAGGGGAAACCCUCAGGCACGAGUAUAGGGGAAACCCUCAGGCACGAGUAUAGGGUAAAACCCUCAGGCACGAGUAUAGGGAAACCCUCAGGCACGAGUAUAGGGGAAACCCUCAGGCACGAGUAUAGGGGAACCCACAGUCACGAGUAUAGGGGAACCCUCAGGCACGAGUAUAGGGGAACCCUCAGGCACGAGUAUAGGGAAACCCACAGGCACGAGUAUAGGGGAAACCCUCAGGCACGAGUAUAGGGGAAACCCUCAGGCACGAGUAAAGGGGAAACCCUCAGGCAGGAGUAUAGGGGAAACCCUCAGGCACGAGCAUGAUUUUUUUAUAAACCGAGAAUCAUUAUAGGAUAAAUAGUUGUCGAAUAACGAAUUCAAAUCCUCGAUCAGUUGGUCCUGGAACGCAUAAGGUACGCAAAACUGCACAGCGAAUUGUGGCGCCUUAGACAUGCCCCGAGGCGAAUAAGGAAUUAAUACACCUUGAUUUAUAGGCCUUGGGUGAUAUUAAGGCAGCACAAUAAAUAUCAAUGAAUGACAUAUAAAAAAACCCUUAUAUCGUAGUGCUAUGAAUCACAAGCUGGUGUUUCACUUUGCUGAUUUGUUGUGGACAACGCAUGUGUGUGUACCGUCAAAGACUCCAAAGGAAGGUAACUGUGAUCGUUUUGUUAUGUUGCAUUAUUUAUUUGAAUUAUCUUUUAUCCCCUAUCUUUUACAUGAGUGAGUGAAUGAGUGACGUGUGUGCUUACUGUCCGGUGCUAAAGGGAAUGUAUUUAUGUACAACAAUCAAUGUUUAUAUCAUAAAUAAACCAUUAGAAAAGAA